AUGUCGUUGCCCUUGUCACUCUCACCAGCUAGGGUUCAUGCUAACUAUUCAGCUAGUUUACCUCUUCAUUGGAAAGAGGUUCAAGGUAUGAACAAUUGGGACAAUCUCAUCCAACCCUUAAAUCCUCUUCUUCAACAUGAAAUCAUUCGGUAUGGGAAAUUCGUUACUGCGUGCUAUGAUGCUUUUGAUCUAAACCCCAAUUCCACGCGCUACCUAAGUUGCAAGUACAGCAAGAAGCGAAUGUUUUCUGAGGUAGGGUGGGAAGGUUGUGGUUAUGAAGUUACAAAAUAUGUUUACGCCACCACUAACAUCAAUAUUCCCAUCCAAAAUGGUGGUUCGUGUGCUAGGUGGGUUGGGUACAUUGCAGUGUCCUCAGAUGAAGAGGUGAAGAGGAUUGGGAGGAGGGAUAUUUUGGUAACUUUUCGUGGGACAGUUACCUAUCAUGAAUGGAUAGCGAACUUAAUGAGCUCGCUAUCCCCUGCCAGGUUGGAUCCUAAUGAUCCCAAACCUGAUAUCAUGGUUGAGGCUGGUUUUCUCAACCUGUACACUUCUUCUGAGACCAACAUCAGGUUUGGUCUUGGAAGUUGUCGUGAACAACUUCUUUCUGAGCUUUCUAGGCUUUUAAGAAUGUAUAAACAUGAAGAAUUAAGUAUAACAUUGGCAGGGCAUAGCAUGGGGAGUUCUCUAGCUUUACUACUCGCAUAUGACAUAGCAGAAAUGGGAUUGAAACAACCGUCGGUCCCAUUAACUGUUUUUUCUUUUGCAGGACCGAGGGUUGGGAAUGUCCAAUUCAAGGAACGGUGUGAGGAGUUGGGAGUGAAAGUUCUUAGAAUUGUUAAUGCAAAUGAUCCAAUCACUAAACUCCCGGGAGUUAUAUUCAACGAGUCUUUUACGGCUUGGGGAUGUGCUUGUUAUGCUCAUGUUGGCAUUGAAUUGGGAUCGACUCUGAUGGACUUCUUCAAGUUCGACGACAUUCUAUGUGUUCAUGACAUGCAAACUUAUAUUAAUAUGAUCAAGAACUGUCCAAGGAGAUCAAGAAUUCGAAGAAAGGGUUUGGAUUUGAUUUUCAAAUUGAAAGAAAUGAAUAUGAAAAUGUCAGUAGCAUGGAGAUAUGUUGCAAUAACAUGUGUUGUGUACCAUUGUGCAACAUUUGCAUAUACUAUGAGCUUAUCUUAUCCGUAAUUUAAUCUCUCUCCUUGGAAACCUCGA